AUGAGGGAAGCCCCGAACGGCAUGUACGGCCUGGGUGCCGCGAGCGGCUACGACGGCCUGGGCGGCGCUCGGAAUGGUGUGGACGGCUUUGGCUUUAUGGGUCCCGGCCGCAUGAGCAACUACGGCACCACGGGCGGCAACCAGAACGGUAUGGCCAGCGGCCUCGGCUGCAUGGGUGGGGGCCAGGACGGCAUGGGUAGCUACGGCUCUAUGGCUGGCGGCGGUCCAGACGGCAUGAAUGGCAUGUGCGACAACCCGAUGGGCUCCAUGUACGGCAUGGGCGUUCCGAUGGGCUCCAUGUACGGCAUGGGCGGCAACCCGAUGGGCUCCAUGUACGGCAUGGGCGUUCCGAUGGGCUCCAUGUACGGCAUGGGCGGCAACCCGAUGGGCUCCAUGUACGGCAUGGGCGUUCCGAUGGGCUCCAUGUACGGCAUGGGCGUUCCGAUGGGCUCCUUGUACGGCAUGGGGGGAAUGGGGUCGAUGUACGGCAUGGGGGGAAUGGGGUCCAUGUACGGCAUGGGGGGAAUGGGGUCCAUGUACGGCAUGGGCUUCGGCAGCAUGUACGGCGGCAGCUAUCACAGCUUGGUGGAUGCGGCGUCUCGCCGUGCUAGCUUCCUCAACAGGAACAGCCUGAUUCGCGCCGAUGUAAAGACUGUGAACAACGACACGAACGGCUGCAGCGGCGAGAAGGACGCUAAGAUUGCUGAAGACAAGAAGGACGGAGACAAGAAGAACAGCAAGAGCAGCGAAGUCAAGCCCGAGGAGGCGAAGGGAGAUGCCAAGGACCCCAAGGCGGCGGAGAAGAAGGUCACCGACAAGAAGGACAGCGCUGACAAGAAGCCGUCCGUGGAGGCGAAGUCUGCGGACAAGAAGGACACCAAGGACACCAAGGACACAAAGGACACGAAGGACACAAAGGAGACGAAGGAGUCCGACAAAAUGGAGGCCAAGGACAAGAACGGAGAGAAGAAGGACGGCGAGGCGCCAGUGGCCAAGUCUGACGGUCCCCUGAAGUUCAGCGGCACCAAGAUUCGCAGUCUCGCGCUUGUCUGCAAGUCUGGCAAGGAGGCGAAGGUGACCGUGAAGGGCAGGGACACUGUUGUUAUGGAGGACAAGGAGACAAAGCUCGACGAGGCCAUUCUCAUCGAGGCUUCGAAGAAGCCAGUGGAGGCGGCUACGCUAUCGGAGGUGCGCAAUCAGUGGGUAUUGGGCCACAACGCCACCAUCAUGAUCGGCAGCGACGCAACACGACGCACGCAGGCGGUGGAUUUCAUGCGUGAGUACCUGACCACGUGCACGGGCAAGUUGGCUGCCAGUAGUGAGUACUUCAGCAUCUACGUCACGAUGACGGCGCUCGAGGGCGCCGAUAAGGGCCGCGAUCUGCUGAAGGAGGACGCCGCCGUUGGGAAGCUCGUGCUCGCGUCGUCUCCGGUGUACGGUCCGGCGCUCAACAACAUGACAACGAAGGAGGUGAACACGAAGGAGACGAUGGAGGCGGUGCUCAAGGAGGGCAUGGGGCGCGCUAAGGAGGGUGAGAUAGUCUGCAGCUACCUAGUUCUGAAGCAGUGCCGCAAGAGUAGCGCCGGUGUGAUGGUGUACCUCUCCUCCCUGAACGUCACGUUCGUUGGCCCGAACGUGGAGCAUCUCCUCGGCCUCAAGGCCAAGAGGCCGGAGGAGCCGUGUCGCCUCUACCGCUACUCCGUCGGCGGUGGCAGCCACACCAUGUGUGCCGGUUUCGUCAGCGACGACGAGGCCUCUGCGGCCAAGGUCUUCGAGGCGCUCAGGGAAAUGCGCGAGGUGGAGAACACCGAGCCUCGCAGCGGCAACGUGAAGCGCUUCAUCGAGUACACAAAGAAGGAGAUCCCGAAGUGCAAGGAAAAGGUCUCCUCGACGACGGAGGAGAGCAAGAAGGCAGACUACGAGACGAUGCUGAAGCGGAUGGAGAUGAUGCUCAAGGACGCUGAGGCCAUCGAGAAGGACCCGAAGACGGUCGCCCCAAAGGCGUACGUGUAA